AUGUCGAUGGGUUACGAUGAGGGCUUGGGUCCCGCUCGCGCCGUUUCAGGUUCGUACAGGGCCGCGGAGGUGGACCUGCUGCACCUGCUGCCGCCUCGCUCCUUCUCGCGGGGAAAGGGGAGGGCGGGCACAGCCCCCGCCGGAAAGAAAGAACUUUCAACUACAAAGAAAGAUCGAGUGAAUCAUUGCCUAACAAUAUGUGAAAACAUAGUUGCUCAGUCUUUAAGAAAUUCUCCAGAAUUUCAGAAACUGCUGGGGAUUGCUAUGGAACUCUUUCUCCUCUGCAGUGAGGAUGCAGAAUCUGAUGUCCGGAUGGUUGCUGAUGAAUGCCUUAAUAAAGUUAUUAAAGCUUUGAUGGAUUCCAAUCUUCCUAGGUUACAAUUAGAACUGUAUAAAGAGAUUAAAAAGAAUGGUGCUUCCAGAAGUCUACGUGCUGCACUCUGGCGAUUUGCUGAGCUUGCCCAUCUAGUUCGGCCUCAAAAAUGCAGGCCAUACUUAGUGAACCUUUUGCCCUGUCUAACACGAAUAAGUAAGAGACCCGAAGAAUCGGUACAAGAGACACUAGCUGCAGCAAUACCAAAAAUCAUGGCAGCGUUCGGCAAUUUUGCAAAUGACAAUGAGAUUAAGGUUUUAUUGAAGGCUUUCAUAGCUAAUCUUAAAUCCAGUUCCCCUACUAUCCGUCGAACAGCGGCAGGAUCAGCAGUAAGCAUCUGUCAACAUUCACGAAGAAUGCAGUAUUUUUAUGCCUGGUUAUUGAAUGUACUUUUAGGCUUGUUGGUUCCUGUAGAAGAUGAUCAUCCUACUCUUUUAAUUCUGGGUGUUUUACUUACGCUAAGGUAUCUCAUACCUUUAUUGCAACAACAAGUAAAGGAUACCAGUCUGAAAGGCAGUUUUGGCGUAACAAGAAAAGAAACAGAGAUUUCACCUUCACCAGAACAACUUAUACAGGUUUAUGAAUUGACUCUGCAUUACACCCAGCAUCAGGACCAUAAUGUUGUGACUGGAGCUUUAGAAUUAUUACAACAACUCUUUAGAACGCCACCACCUGAACUUCUCCAUGCCCUGACCGCUUCAGGGGGCAUUGCACAGGUCAGUGUAUCCAAAGAUGAAUCUGCCAGCAGGAUCCGCAGUGGGAGCAUAGUGGAACUUAUAGCUGGAGGGGGGUCUUCAUGCAGCCCUGUUCUUGCGAGAAAGCAUAAAGGUAAAAUACUUCUUGGUGAAGAAGAAGGUUUGGAGGAUGAUCCUGAAACCCGAUCAGAUGUCAGCGCUGCAUCAUUUGCAGCUUCUAUGAAGGGCGAGAUAAGCGGUGAACUAGCUUCUUCAUCAGGUGUAUCGACAGCUGGGUCAGUAGGGAGUUCAGCUGCUGAUUCUACCGGACAUGAUAUCAUUACUGAGCAGCCACGUUCUCAACAUACGUUGCAGUCAGACUCUGUAGACCUGACAAGCUGUGAUUUGACAAGUACAGCUGCUGAAGGGGAAGAAGAUGAUGUGCUUAGUCGAAGCUCCAGCCAGAUCAGUGCUGUCCAGUCAGAUCCCACUAUGGACUUGAAUGAUGGUACACAGGCUUCCUCACCAAUUAGUGAUAGCUCUCAGACUACUACAGAAGGUCCAGACUCUGCUGUAACCCCUUCGGACAGUUCUGAAAUUGUUUUGGAGAGUGCUGAAGGACAGUAUUCUGGAAUGCAAAUUGGGCAGCUGCAGGAUGAGGAAGAUGAGGCUGCAAAUAUUCUCCAAGAUGAUUCAUCAGAGUCUUUCAGAAAUUCUUCUAUUGCUCUUCAACAGCCUCACCUGUUGAAAACCAUAAGCCAUAGUAGGCAGCCUUCUGAUAGCAGCGUAGAUAGAUUUACAUCAAAAGAAGAUGCAGCAGAUCCUGGUGAUCAUGAAAAUAAGCCCUCCAGGGUAAAGGGAGACAUAGGUCACUAUACCGAUGGAAAUUCUGCGCCUUUAGUGCACUGCGUUAGACUUCUGUCAGCCUCUUUUCUACUUACUGGGGAGAAAGGAGCUUUAGUUCCUGAUAGAGAUGUGAGAGUCAGUGUAAAAGCCUUGGCAGUAAGUUGUGUUGGAGCAGCCAUUGCGCUUCAUCCUGAGUCUUUCUUCAGCAAACUGUAUAAAACACCCCUUGAAGCAAUGGGAGAAGAGUAUGAGGAGCAGUAUGUAUCAGAUAUUCUGAACUACAUUGACCAUGGAGAUCCCCAGAUUCGAGGAGCUACUGCCAUUCUGUGUGGAACAAUUGUCAACUCCAUUCUAAUUAAAUCCCGCUUUGAUGUGGAAAAAUGGCUAAUACAUGUCAGAAGCUCAACAGGAAAUCUCUUUUCCUUGGUAGACUGCAUACCUCUGUUACAGAGAACGCUGAAAGAUGAGUCUUCUGUUACAUGCAAACUGGCUUGCACAGCUGUGAGGCAUUGCAUCAUGAGCUUAUGUAGUAGCAGUUACAGUGAACUAGGUUUACAACUGAUUGUUGACCUCCUUACACUGAAGAACAGCUCAUAUUGGCUAGUAAGGACGGAACUUUUGGAAACGCUUGCAGAGGUAGAUUUUCGGCUAGUCAGCUUCUUGGAAGGAAAAACUGAGAGCUUGCACAGAGGUGUUCAUCAUUAUACUGGUCUACUAAAACUUCAGGAGAGAGUGCUUAAUAAUGUUGUAAUAUGUCUGCUUGGAGAUGAAGAUCCAAGAGUGAGACAUGUAGCUGCAGCUUCAUUAAUGAGGCUUGUUCCAAAGCUGUUUUAUAACUGUGAUCAAGGACAGGCUGAUCCAGUUGUGGCAGUAGCAAGAGACCAAAGCAGUGUCUACCUGAAACUACUAAUGCAUGAAACGCAGCCCCCAUCUCACUUUGCGGUGAGCACUAUCACCAGAACAUAUAGAGGUUACAAUAUGCUGCAAAGUCCAACAGAUGUCACUAUGGAAAACAAUCUCUCAAGGGUUAUUGCAGCAAUUUCCCAUGCAUUGACAAUAUCCACUACAAGAGCACUUACAUUUGGCUGCUGUGAAGCUUUGUGUCUUCUCUCCACAACAUUUCCAGUCUGCACCUGGAGCAUGGGAUGGCACUGUGGUGUUUCCCAGCCAAGUCCUUCAGAUGAAGCUCAGAAAGGCUGCACCAUUGGAAUGGCUGGCAUGGUCCUGUCUCUCCUUUCAUCAGCAUGGUUCCCACUGGACCUCUCUGCCCAUCAGGAUGCUUUGAUUUUGACUGGAAACUUGCUUGCAGCAAGUGCUCCCAAGUGCUUAAAGAACCCCUGGAGUGCUGAAGAAGAUUCAAACCAAGGUGCUGCAAAGCAGGAGGAACCCUGGCCGGCUCUGGCAGAUCGAACUCUUGUUACUUCAGUAGAACAGCUCUUUUCUCAUCUGCUGAAGGUCAUUAAUAUUUGUGCACAUGUAAUGGAUGAUGUUGCUCCUGGCCCAGCAGUAAAGGCAGCAUUACCAUCUCUCACAAACCCACCUUCUCUUAGUCCAAUUCGGAGGAAGGGGAAAGAGAGGGAGUCUGUUGAACAGGCAUCUGUGCCAAUGAGCCCUAAAAAGGGUGGUGAAGCGAGUCCAGCUACUAGGCAAACUGAUGCUACUGGGCCUGUUCCAACAAGUAAAUCAUCUUCAGUAGGAAGCUUUUAUCAUCUUCCAUCAUAUCUGAAGUUAUAUGAUGUCUUGAAAGCAACCCAUGCUAAUUAUAAGGUUACUUUGGAUCUCCAGAACAGUAAUGAAAAGUUUGGAUGUUUCUUACGGUCUGCCUUAGAUGUUCUGUCUCAAAUCUUGGAACUUGCUACUCUUCAAGAUAUUGGAAAGUGUGUAGAAGAAAUUUUGGGAUACCUAAAAUCAUGUUUCAACAGAGAACCAACAAUGGCAACAGUCUGUGUACAGCAGUUAUUGAAAACAUUGUUUGGGACAAAUCUGGCUUCUCAGUAUGAUGGCUUGUCUUCAAACCCCAACAAAGCUCAAGGCAAAGCUCAACGCUUAGGUUCUUCCAAUUUGAGACCUGGUCUCUAUCAUUAUUGCUUCAUGGCACCAUACACACAUUUUACACAGGCCCUUGCUGAUGCUAGUCUAAGGAACAUGGUUCAGGCUGAGCAGGAACACGAUGCUUCAGGAUGGUUUGAUGUGCUGCAAAAAGUUUCUACACAGCUGAAAACUAGCAUUACCAGUGCAGCAAAACAUCGUGCUGAUAAGAAUGCUAUUCACAAUCACAUUCGUUUAUUUGAACCCCUUGUCAUAAAAGCAUUGAAACAAUAUACUACAACAACAUCGGUACAGCUACAAAGACAAGUUCUAGACUUGCUUGCUCAACUGGUUCAGCUACGAGUUAACUACUGUCUUCUGGAUUCGGAUCAGGUGUUUAUUGGAUUUGUGCUAAAGCAGUUUGAAUACAUUGAAGUAGGACAGUUCAGGGAGUCUGAAGCAAUUAUUCCUAAUAUCUUUUUUUUCCUGGUGUUGCUGUCUUAUGAGCGAUAUCAUUCCAAACAGAUAAUUGGAAUUCCUAAGAUCAUUCAGCUGUGUGAUGGUAUCAUGGCCAGUGGGAGGAAAGCUGUUACACAUGCAAUACCAGCUCUGCAACCCAUUGUUCAUGAUCUCUUUGUGUUAAGAGGAACAAAUAAAGCUGAUGCUGGAAAAGAGUUGGAAACACAAAAGGAGGUGGUAGUGUCAAUGCUGCUGAGACUUAUUCAGUACCAUCAGGUGCUAGAAAUGUUCAUCUUAGUAUUGCAACAGUGUCAUAAAGAAAAUGAAGACAAAUGGAAAAGAUUGUCCCGGCAAAUAGCUGACAUUAUUCUCCCAAUGCUUGCAAAACAACAGAUGCAUAUAGACUCUCAUGAUGCUCUGGGAGUAUUGAACACUUUGUUUGAAAUUUUGGCUCCUUCAUCCCUUCGCCCUGUGGACAUGCUUUUAAGGAGUAUGUUUGUUACUCCUAAAACCAUGGCAUCAGUGAGCACUGUCCAGCUAUGGAUUUCUGGAAUUUUAGCUAUCCUUAGAGUUCUGAUUUCACAGUCAACAGAAGACAUCGUUCUAUCCCGUAUACAAGAGCUUUCCUUCUCACCAUAUUUGAUUUCAUGUCAAGCAAUUAACAGACUGAGACAUGGAGAAAAUAACUUAUCCAUACCAGAGGAUCGCACUGAGGUUAAACAAGCUAAAUAUCUGCCUGAAGAGACAUUUUCUAGGUUCUUAUUACAACUGGUUGGCAUUCUACUGGAAGAUAUUGUUACCAAACAAUUGAAAGUGGACAUGAAUGAGCAGCAACAUACUUUCUACUGCCAGGAGCUGGGCACGCUGCUUAUGUGCUUAAUACAUAUCUUCAAAUCAGGGAUGUUUAGAAGAAUCACAGCUGCAGCCACCAGACUUUUUACAGGAGAUGGAUCUGAUGGUAGUUUCUAUACCCUUGAAAGCUUGAGUGACCUUGUUCAGUCCAUGAUUCCCACGCAUCCUUCUUUAGUUCUCCUCUGGUGUCAAAUCCUGCUUCUUGUCAAUUAUACCAACUACAACUGGUGGUCAGAAGUGCAUCAAACCCCGAAGAGACACAGUCUUUCUACAACUAAAUUGCUUAGCCCUCAGAUAUCUGGAGAUAGUGAUGAAGCUAACUCAGAAUCUAAACGUGGCAUGUGCAAUCGAGAGAUAGUGAGAAGAGGAGCACUCAUUCUUUUUUGUGACUAUGUUUGUCAAAACCUACAUGAUUCAGAACACUUGACCUGGCUUAUUGUGAAUCAUGUUCAAGACUUGAUUAAUCUGUCCCAUGAGCCUCCAGUACAAGACUUUAUUAGUGCCGUUCACAGGAAUUCAGCAGCCAGUGGGCUCUUCAUCCAGGCCAUUCAGUCACGGUGUGAGAAUCUUGCAGCUCCCACAACUCUGAAGAAGACUUUACAAUGUUUAGAGGGAAUACAUCUCAGCCAGUCUGGGGCUGUCUUAACACUAUAUGUUGAUAAGCUUCUGUGUACUCCAUUCCGUGUGCUUGCUCGCAUGGUUGACACACUGGCUUGCCGUCGGGUGGAAAUGCUUUUGGCUGCAACUUUACAGAACAGCAUUACUCAGUUACCAGUUGAAGAACUGGAUAGAAUUCAGGAAUACCUUCAAAACAGUGGAUUAGCAACAAGACACCAAAGACUUUACUCGCUCUUGGAUAGGUUUCGUCUUAUGGUAGCACCAGACACAUCUAGUCCUUCACCGCUGGUUACCUCACACCCACUAGAUGGAGAAGACCAACCAGCUUUAGAGAAUGUGAUUCUAGACAAAGACUGGUAUGUUUCACUAGUGAGGUCGCAGUGUUGCAUGAAGUCUGACUCAGCACUGCUAGAAGGUGCAGAGCUGGUAAAUAGGAUUCCUCAGCCUGACCUGAACUCCUUCAUGACCAGCAAGGAAUUCAACCUAAGCUUGUUAGCACCUUGUUUAAGCCUUGGCAUGAAUGAAAUCUCAAGAGACCAGAAGAGUAGCUUCUUUGAAACAGCUCGGAGGGUAACUCUGGAUCAUGUGUCUACAACUGUACAAAACCUUCCUGCCAACCACCAGGUUUUUCAACCACUAUUGCCAACUGAGCCAUCAGCCUACUGGAAAAAACUAAGCGAUAUAUUUGGAGAUGAGGUGAUGUAUCAGUCUAUGAUGACACUUUGUCGUGCACUGGCUCAGUAUUUGUUGUUACUCUCAAAACUACCAGCUGGUCUCCAUGUUCCUCCUGACAAAGAGGAUGAUAUCCUGAAAUUCGUAGUUAUGUCAGUAGAGGCACUAUCAUGGCAUUUAAUGCAUGACCAGAUUCCAUUAAGUGUAGAUCUUCAAGCUGCUCUGGAUUGUUGCUGUCUGACAUUACAGCAACCUAGUCUCUGGAAUUUACUGGCUUCUGCAGCUAAUGUGACAUAUGCUUGCUCCUUAAUUAAUUGCAUUAGAUUUAUCAUAGAAGCAGUUGCUGUUGAACCUGGUAAUCAACUUCUUAGUCCUGAAAGAAAGAAGAAUACUUCAAAAGGCUUAAGUGAGGGUGAAGGUGAUUCAAACGCACAGAAAACUAAACACAUUACUGCAGCUUGUGAAAUGGUAGCUGAGAUGGUGGAAUGCUUACAGACUGUCUUGGCACUGGGGCACAGAAGAAACAGCAGUAUCCCAGCGUUUCUUACGCCUGUCCUCAAGAACAUCAUCAUCAGUUUAGCAAGGCUGCCUCUAGUGAACAGUUACACAAGAGUACCUCCCUUGGUCUGGAAAUUGGGCUGGUCACCAAAGCCUGCAGGUGACUUUGGCACAGUUUUUCCUGAAAUACCAGUAGAAUUUCUUCAAGAAAAAGAAAUCUUUAAGGAGUUCAUCUAUCGCAUUAAUACACUUGGAUGGAUCAGCCGUACUCAGUUUGAAGAGACUUGGGCUACUUUGCUUGGUGUGCUUGUAACUCAGCCUAUUGUAAUGGACCAAGAGGAGAACCAGCAAGAGGAAGAUACAGAGAGGACCCAAAUUAAUGUUCUUGCAGUACAAGCCAUAACUUCCUUGGUGCUGAGUGCAAUGACAAUACCUGUUGCAGGCAAUCCAGCAGUUAGCUGUUUGGAACAGCAGCCCCGCAACAAAGCUUUAAAAGCUCUGGACACAAGGUUUGGGAGGAAGCUAAGUGUUAUCAGGGGAAUUGUUGAACAGGAAAUCCAAGCAAUGGUAUCUAAGAGAGAUAAUAUUGCUACUCAUCACUUAUACCAAGCUUGGGACCCUGUUCCAUCGCUUUCUCCUGCUACUACAGGUGCUCUUAUCAGCCAUGAAAAACUCUUACUGCAGAUCAAUACUGAACGAGAAAUAGGAGAUAUGGAUUAUAAACUGGGACAGGUCUCUAUACACUCCAUAUGGUUAGGAAAUAAUAUCACUCCAUUGAGAGAAGAAGAGUGGGGUGAGGAUGAAGAAGAUGAGAAUGACAUACCUGCUCCUUCCUCACCACCAACCUCUCCUAUUAACACCAGGAAACACCGGGCUGGUGUAGAUAUACAUUCUUGUUCUCAGUUCUUGCUUGAACUGUAUAGUCAGUGGAUAUUGCCAUCAAACCCUAGCAAGAGAACGCCAGUCAUUUUGAUCAGCGAAGUGGUGCGAUCACUUCUGGCAGUAUCAGACUUAUUUACAGAAAGAAAUCAGUUUGAGAUGAUGUAUACAACAUUGACAGAAUUGCGAAAGGUGCAUCCAUCAGAAGAUGAGAUUCUUGUACAGUAUUUGAUACCAGCCACUUGUAAAGCUGCUGCUGUUCUCGGAAUGGAUAAAGCUGUGGCUGAACCAGUAAGUCGACUGCUGGAAUCAACCCUAAGAAGCACCCAUAUGCCAAGUCGGAUUGGAGCUCUGCAUGGAAUUCUUUAUAUCCUUGAGUGUGACUUGCUUGAUGAGACAGCAAAGCAACUCAUUCCAAUUAUCAGCGAGUAUCUGCUCUCCAAUUUGAGAGGAGUAGCACAUUGUGUGAAUAUCCAUAACCAACAGCACAUCUUGGUCAUGUGUGCAGCUGCUUUCUAUUUGAUCGAGAAUUACCCACUUGAUGUAGGGCCUGAAUUCUCUGCAGGAAUUAUACAGAUGUGUGGUGUCAUGGUGUCUGGAAGUGAUGAAUCAACACCAUCCAUUAUUUAUCAUUGUGUCCUGAGAGGAUUAGAACGACUCCUUCUUUCAGAGCAACUGUCUAGGCUGGAUAGUGAAUCGUUGGUUAAACUGAGUGUUGACAGAGUGAAUGUGCAGAGCCCCCACAGAGCAAUGGCAGCACUUGGAUUAAUGCUGACUUGCAUGUACACAGGAAAGGAAAAAAUCAGCCCCAGUCGUACCACAGAUGCAAAUCCUGCUGCUCCCGACAGUGAAUCUGUGAUUGUAGCUAUGGAACGAGUGUCUGUCCUUUUUGAUAGGAUCAGGAAGGGAUUUCCUUUUGAAGCUAGAGUAGUGGCUCGGAUCCUUCCACAGUUCCUUGAUGACUUUUUCCCCCCACAAGACAUAAUGAAUAAAGUUAUUGGAGAAUUUUUAUCCAAUCAGCAGCCUUACCCACAAUUCAUGGCAACAGUAGUUUAUAAGGUAUUCCAGACGCUACAUAGUACUGGACAGUCCUCAAUGGUCCGUGACUGGGUGAUGCUGUCUCUCUCUAAUUUCACACAAAGAACACCUGUGGCAAUGGCAAUGUGGAGUCUUUCCUGUUUUUUUGUCAGUGCUUCUACCAGUCCAUGGAUUUCAGCAAUUCUUCCACAUGUUAUCAGCAGAAUGGGAAAAUCUGAGCAAGUGGAUGUUAACAUCUUCUGUUUGGUGGCCAUAGACUUUUACCGACAUCAGAUAGAUGAAGAAUUAGAUCGAAGGGCCUUUCAGUCGGUGUUUGAGGUGGUAGCGUCUCCAGGAACCCCAUAUCAUCGCCUACUAACUUGUUUGCAAAAUGUCCACAAGGUCACAGCAUGUUGAGCAUUCUGGCGUGAUGGAACUGCAUGACUAGUGUCAGAAUCUGAUAUGAAUUAUGGGGAAUGCAAGAUCAAGAAAGUAUCUGGGGUUGCAUUUGUGAUAAAUAUGGACCUGCCAGUUUUACUUCUGCAAUGCGUGGACAAGUGCUCUGCAGCACUGGAAGUCACCUGAAAAGUCUAGUGUAGUUCUUGUUGUUGUUGUUCUUGUUGUUGACACCAGGCACCUGUGAGGGGAAAGAAAUAUGUCGUUUUUGAAGUGGUGUUUGGGACUAACCUGAGACACGUUUACUAACUGUAAAAUAUGAGCAAGUACUACAAUGUCAAGGUAACUGGCAUUACUCUUCUUCCUAAUGUUUAGCUGAAGCCACUGUGUUGCAGCUGGUAAGAAACUGACAGAAAGACUGUUAUUGCAAGCUGUGGUCAUUAGAAAAUGUCAUAGUUUUAUGUACAUGUAUAUACUGUUGUGCAGUACAGAAUAGAAAUUGUUUCCUAAUGACUCUCCCAAACAAGGAAAAGAGGAAGAUGGCUUUCAUGAGUUACACUUACAGCAUGUAAUUCCUCUCUGGACUUUCUGAUAUCCUGUGGUGUAUGUGUUGGUGAUAUCGGAGAUAAUAGUGCACAUACGUAACCACACUUUUUUUUUUCUUCUCAGGAUUUAAAAUUUGAGUACAGUAUAUCAGUAAAAGAAAUUUUAACUUAAAUAUUUCUAUAUCAUGUACAGUGUGUAAAAUUGUAAGAUGUGUGGUGCAUGAGCUGUGCUGUAAUUUGAGAUGAACAGAAGCCACGCUACUGAAUGUCUUGACAUCUGUAUUGUCCUCUUUUUUUUCCUUGUGCUUGAAUUCAUGUUCCUUUUGGAAAUCCAUCUUAAUGUACAGAUUACAUCUUGUUUUGCAUCUCACUUUAAGAAAAAGUGCUUUAAAACUGGAAUAUGUUGAUUAAUUUGUCUUGAGAGACUGUACUAAGGAGGCAUUCUUAUGAUCUACUUUACUGUAGCUUCUUUUGAAUUCCUUUAUUUCAAGACAUAACAGUAAAAGAGAGGACUAGUUACUCUGGAUCAGCCUUUUGUAUACUUAAGAAACUGCUCUUAUUUGCUGCACAGCAUUUUAGGACACAAACUGGUGCAAGCUCCCCAGUAGUCAAUAACCAUUUGACCUUUCCUAACUGAGACCAUGGAGUCAUCUGGAUUCAAACCACUCUCAUUUUGAAAAAACUAUGCUAGCAGUUAAGAAUCAGAAGGCUGCUGUGGUCUACUUUGGGACUGGCUAAGGUGUUAGAUUACACAACCUCUUUUAUUACCUGUUGUAUACUUAAUGCUUUAGACACAAACACAGUACAAAUAUCCAUGAAUUUUAGGACAUUGCACAGGGCCAGAUUUAGCUUUUACCACCCGGGGAACCCCAUUGAUUCCUAAGCUUUGCAUAGGGGAAUCUAGCGCAGCAUUUGUCUUUAGUUGUAUUUGUUAUGAUUCUUUAAUUAUAGAGAAAUGAUACCUUGGUUCUCGGUCACGUCCUAUAUUUAACCUCUCUUCAUUUUCUUAUCACACCUUUUGGUGACACUUGGAAAAAUGAGAUAGUGUUGUCAGGAGGAGCAUGUACUGUAUGUAUUUCUGUAUAUAAUGUAUAUGUUGAAAUUAUACACAUGUGACAUUUAAUGUAUACAGAUGUGUAUAUUUGUAUUUAUUAAACCCAUGUAUUUAAACUAACUCCAAUCUAGACCAAAAAUUGUUGCUUCUGCCCAUAAAUUGAUUACAAAGGAAUUGUCCACUGGUGUCACUUUUAGAAACCGAUAGAGGAAACUGAUAGUAUGGGCAGUAGAAACAACUGUAGAUGUUGCUGCAUUUAGCUCUCUACAGAUCUUACUAUCUAGAGCAAUUAUUUCUGCCUUUAGUUGGAUUACUCUUCUUUCUUGGGCCACAGCACUGUGGUGAUUUUUUAAAAGAAACUGAACAGGAGUUCAGAAAAAGGUUUAAGAAAAUAGAUGCUGUUUGAAA